AUGGAUCUGCAUGAAGGGUUCGGGUACGCAUUCGUUUACCGAUGCAACAAGCACUGUAUAACUAGCGAAAUCGCAUUGUAUCCAAGACGCAACCGCGACCCUUCAAACGCCUGUAGUGAUGUUAUUCCGCCGUUCAAUCUGGAUCCAGAAAAGAUAAAGGCACAAGUGCUGCACUAUGGUCCUGAAAUUCCGGAAGGCGCGUGGAGCAAACCGUGCAGGCCACCUGGAUUCUGUGGAUACAGAGGAAUGGCAUCCGACUUCAGAUUUUGUAAGCCAGACAGUGCCGUAAUGUCUAGAAUGAUGAGACGCAAAUACAAACAAGUGAUAUACAAACACGUCAGAACAAGGUACAAGCAAUAUAUCAAAGAUGCGCGCAACGUAUCCGAACUCAUGUAUUGGCGAGCUAAGCUCGACUCACUUCCUCGCGACUCCGCCAAAAGUAGAUACAAGCGCAUAUGUAUGAUCACAGGCCGCACAAGAAGCGUAAGCCGGGUAAUUGGCCUCACACGGCACCAAUUUAGAGAAUUUGCAAACCGGUGUCUAAUACCCGGCAUACGACGGGCAAAUUGGUGA